UAGUCCCUCGCCAGGAGAGGAGCGCGAUGGGGGCGUCGCGCCUGCCGCAGCCGCUCUGGGCGCUCCUGGCGCUGAGCGCCGCCGCUGCCGCCGCCGGGGCGGGCCGCUACUCGCGCGAGGCCAACGAGGCCGACCCGGCCGCGCCCGCCGAGUUCCGCCUGGUCAAGCUGCAGCAGCUCUGGCAGAAGGCCAACCGGCUCCAUCUCUCCGCUGUGAAACUGGCCGAGCUGCACAGCGACCUAAAGCUCCAAGAGAAGGACGAGCUGAGCUGGAAGAAGCUGAAGGCCGAAGGCCUGGAUGAAGACGGGGAGAAGGAGGCCAAGCUGAGGCGGAACCUGCACGUCAUUAUGGCCAAGUACGGAAUGGACGGAAAGAAGGAUGCACAGCUCGGGGCCACGAACUACAUCAAGGAUGGCCUAGAAAACGAGGUGCUUGAUGACCCCAGGCUGGAGAAGCUGUGGAGCAAGGCCAAAACCUCGGAGAAGUUCUCGGAUGAGGAGCUGGAGAAGCUGUGGAGGGAGUUCAAGCACCACAGCGAGAAGGUCCACGACUACCAUCUGUUGCUUGAGACCGUGAGUCGCACAGAAGAUAUCUCAAAGAAUGUGAUCAGCCCCAUGGAAGAGGAGGCGCUCAAGGAGGACCUGUUGCAUCAGAAGCACCGAGAGCUGAAGGAGAAGCUCCAGAGCAUCAACCAGGGCUUUGAGCGGCUGCGCCACGUCAGUCACCAGGGCUACGACGCCACCAGCGAAUUUGAAGAGCCCAGAGUGAUUGACUUGUGGGAUAUGGCAAAACUAGCCAAUUUUACGGAGCAAGAACUUGAAUCUCUUCGGGAAGAGCUGAAACACUUUGAAGCAAAAGUGGAGAAGCACCAUCAUUACCAGAAACAGCUUGAGAUUUCCCAUGAGAAGCUGAAGCACGUGGAGGGGAUUGGCGACAAGGAGCACCUGAGCCGAAACAAGGAGAAAUACGCUCUGCUGGAAGAGAAGACCAAGGAACUGGGGUACAAGGUCAAGAAGCACCUGCAGGACUUGUCCAGCCGAAUCUCCAGGGGUCUCCAGCACAACGAACUAUGAAACCCUUUGCCAAAGUGGGCCGCCUGCACGUGGGCUGAAGGGCCACUUUGAAUUCACGCUCUGUGGAACUGCUGGACAUUCUGGUGCUGCUCGACUCUCGCCUGGAGGUGUUUUUUCCAAGUAUGUGUGUUAAUCACGUUCUUGAUCCUUACUGUUAGAGUGAAAAGGGUCCAAUAAAUUUCUCACUAUA